AUGCAAUUGAAAUAUGAAAAUGAUAAAGAAAUGUUAGCUGACAGGGCAUUAUUUCUUCACAAAAAUGAUGUCAAAUAUCUCUAUAAAAAAUACCAUGAAAAGUACAUAGGCACUCAAAAUAGAAGUAGUCAAGAUAACCCAGAACAACCCUUUAUCCUAGUUGUAAUAACAAACCUUAUGAAACAUUGUCAUGAGUUACAAGAAGCGGGUGAAUUAGUAUACAUGAAUACAAUGGCUAGACUCAAUGUUCUAAAUACUCCUCUUAUGAUCCUUUCUACCAGUACACCUGCUGGUAGUUUACCAUUCACUGUAAUUCUUACAUCUGAUGAAAUAGUAACUACUUUUACAAAAGCAUUAAAUGUAAUGAAAAAUAUGGCUUCAUCAACAGCAUUCAGUGGAAGGGGACCUAUCAUUGGACUACAGGUGGUCAUGACAGAUGAUUGUAAGUAG